UCGCUCUUUCUUCGGCCCUUCUUCUUCUUAGAGGUCCUUUGAUCUUCUUCCGGUUUUCCCUUCAGGAAAUGCCUGGGAACGCGGUGGUGGAGGCGGGGGAAGAGACGGGGCAUGGCCACGAGCUGCGGGGAAAGAUGGAUUCCUGGGGGAAGCUGAGGAGGUUGGACUCCUUGGCCCUUGAGUCCGGGAAGAUUCCCGGACGGAGCGGCCAUGCACGCAAGGACCCGAGCUGGGAGACGAUCCUUAAACUGGCCUUCCAGACCAUCGGCGUGGUGUACGGAGACAUAGGGACAUCGCCACUGUACGUGUACUCAAGCACUUUCACGAACGGGAUCAAGGACACCGACGACAUCUUGGGAGUUCUUUCCCUCAUCAUCUAUACCUUCACACUUAUUACUGUCUGCAAAUACGUGUUCAUCGUCCUCUGGGCCAACGACAACGGCGAUGGCGGCACGUUUGCGCUGUACUCGUUGAUCUGUCGUUACGCGAAGGUGGGGUUCAUUCCCACGGAGCAAGCCGAGGACAAGGACGUCUCCAACUUUCGCCUCGAGCUGCCGAGCACGCGGAUGAAGAGGGCCUCGAAGCUAAGGUCGAAGCUCGAGGGCAGCACAUUCGCCAAAUAUGCCCUGCUCCUCAUCACCAUGCUCGGCACCAGCAUGGUCAUUGGUGACGGCGUCCUCACGCCCUGCAUUUCAGUGCUGUCAGCUGUCGGAGGAAUUCAGCAAAAGGCUCCAUCCUUGACUCAAGAGAAGAUAGCAUGGAUCUCGGCAGUGAUUUUAAUUAUUCUUUUCCUAGUACAAAGGUUUGGAACAGAUCGGGUCGGUUAUACUUUUGCUCCCAUAAUCUUUAUCUGGUUUCUCUUCAUCGGAUUGAUCGGAAUAUACAAUUUCGUAAAGUUUGACCCGUUGGUCAUCAAGGCCGUCAAUCCCAAAUACAUAAUAGAUUACUUUAGGAGGAACAAGAAGGACGCGUGGAUCUCUCUUGGUGGGGUUGUCCUUUGUAUUACGGGCACGGAAGCUAUGUUUGCUGAUCUCGGUCAUUUCACAGUCCGUUCAAUACAAAUAAGCAUGUGUUCUAUUGUUUUCCCCUCAUUAAUGUGUGCGUAUACUGGCCAAGCGUCCUACCUACGCAAACAUCCAUUGGAUGUUGCCACGACUUUCUACAAAGCAAUACCAGGUCCUUUGUACUGGCCAAUGUUCAUCGUGGCCGUUGCGGCAGCCGUUAUUGCCAGCCAAGCAAUGAUCUCUGGCACUUUCUCUAUCAUUCAGCAAUCAGUCUCACUUGGUUGUUUCCCACGAGUGAAGAUCGUGCACACAUCCACCAAGUAUGAAGGACAGGUGUACAUUCCUGAGGUCAACUUCUUACUCAUGGUUGCAUGUGUGGCCGUCACCUUGGGCUUCAAAAAUACCGUCAAGAUAGGAAAUGCUUAUGGCAUUGCUGUGGUGUUCGUGAUGCUUCUCACUUCUCUUUUCUUGGUUCUAAUAAUGAUAAUGAUAUGGAAGACAAAUAUUAUUUUGGUCGUCGCCUACAUCACAGUAUUCGUUUCUGUUGAAUUGUUCUACUUGAGUUCGGUACUCUAUAAGUUCGACCAAGGUGGUUAUCUCCCCUUAGCCUUUGCCGCUGUACUAAUGUUUAUCAUGUACAUCUGGAACUCCGUGUAUCGUAAAAAGUACCUAUACGAGUUUGAGAACAAGGUCGCACCAGAAAAGAUUCACGAGGUUGCCGCGGAACCGGGUUUUCGUCGACUUCCCGGCUUAGGCCUCUUUUGUUCAGAGCUAGUUCAUGGCAUUCCUCCCAUCUUUACUCAGUACAUCUCCAAUGUGCCUGCACUGCACUCAGUUCUCGUUUUCGUAUCAAUAAAAUCCCUUCCCAUAAGCAAGGUGUCUGCGGAAGAGAGGUUCCUUUUUCGGCGGAUUGGGCAGCGAGAGCUGGCUGUGUUUCGCUGUGUUGUGAGAUAUGGCUACACUGACUUAAGGGGAGAGCAUGGCUCGUUCGAGAAGAUGUUGGUGGAGAAGUUGAUAGAGUUCAUAAAGGAUGAAGCUACGUUCUCUGCGAAGGCCAAUGGAAGAAGUGCUUCGAUGCAGGGCAGCAAUAGUGUCGGAGAUGAAGGAGAAGUUGCUGAAGACAAGAUAGAAGAGGAAGUCGAGAAAGAGCUGCAGCUGGUUCACAACGCAUAUAGAAGUGGUGUUGUGUACUUACUGGGAGAGAGUGAGGUGGUAGCUGCCAAAGGAUCUUCAUUAGGAAAGAGGGUGGUGAUUGACUAUGCAUACAACAUCUUGAGGAGGAACUUAAGGCAAGGUGCAGGGGUUUUGUCUGUGCCGCAUCGACGACUUUUGAAGGUGGGGAUGACAUACGAGAUAUAACUUCUUAAACAAGUGGGAGCGAUGGUGAAACUCUGGUGGAGCACAUCAGUAUGAGUUUGUCGUCUUAUUCUUUUCCAAAUUUUCAGUAUUUUCGAGCUUUGAAACUCUUGUGGAGCAGUCUAUCGGUUCAAGACAUGCAAGCCGUAUAACAUAAGCUAUUUGUAAUAAUGUUUUCAGUACAAGCAUGCUAGCAUUGUCAACAUUUGAACCGACAUAGAUGCGCUGGUUUAGUUAAGUUGCUGUACCGACAAUUGUCUCCUCGCAAUGUAAGCAUUUGAGGUAAAUGCCCCUUCUGCGGCCUUGAUCCCGAGGGACUAAGCUGGGACUGUUGUAUAGCCAGAGAACAAUCUCCCUAAGCCUGUCAAACGGGACCUGUUCCAUGGCUAGCUACUUUUAGUAAGGAAAUAUUUCCAUUAAUGGC